GCAAGACCGGGGGUGGGGCAGGCGGCCAGGCUGGCGGCGGAGGCGCGGGGCCUUCUCCCGCCGGCACCAUGGCCAAGACUGUGGCCUAUUUCUACGACCCCGACGUGGGCAACUUCCACUACGGGGCUGGUCACCCUAUGAAGCCCCAUCGCUUGGCAUUGACCCAUAGUCUGGUCCUGCACUACGGUCUCUAUAAGAAGAUGAUCGUCUUCAAGCCAUACCAGGCCUCCCAGCAUGACAUGUGCCGCUUCCACUCUGAGGACUACAUCGACUUCCUGCAGAGAGUCAGCCCCACCAAUAUGCAAGGCUUCACCAAGAGCCUUAAUGCCUUCAACGUGGGCGAUGACUGCCCAGUGUUUCCCGGGCUCUUUGAGUUCUGCUCCCGUUACACAGGCGCAUCUCUGCAAGGAGCAACCCAGCUGAACAACAAGCCUUCUCUGCACAUCCCUCUCCUGUCCCUGCCUCCAGGCUGGAGCCCCAGGGUUGCCCUUAGGGAACUGGUGGUAUUAGGUUUCAGGUACCACCCUCGGGUGCUCUACAUUGAUAUUGACAUCCACCACGGUGACGGGGUUCAGGAAGCCUUCUACCUCACUGACCGGGUCAUGACAGUGUCCUUCCACAAAUAUGGAAACUACUUCUUCCCUGGCACAGGUGACAUGUAUGAAGUUGGAGCAGAGAGUGGCCGCUACUACUGCCUCAAUGUGCCCCUGCGGGAUGGCAUUGAUGACCAGAGUUACAAGCACCUUUUCCAGCCGGUUAUCAACCAGGUGGUGGACUUCUACCAACCCACGUGCAUUGUGCUCCAGUGUGGAGCUGACUCUCUGGGCUGUGAUCGAUUGGGCUGCUUCAACCUCAGCAUUCGAGGACAUGGGUGAGACCUGCCCUCCUUCCACUCCUCCAGGUUUUCACGUGGCCUUGGGCCUCAAUACGUGGAAUGGGAGUAGUUGGGGAAUGGGCCUCACCUCCUUUUGGGACUCAAAAAUAGCUACAUGUUGUACUUUAAACCAGAAAUGUCACCUUAAACAGUGUUCCCCAGUUGGUCAUUCAUU